CACUGAGCGCAGUCCCUCCAGGACCUGAGCUGAGCAAGUUUCUUCCACUCUUUCCUUUCCCUCCUCCUCACCCUCAUGCCUGCCCCUCAACCCAGGCAGGGCGCAGGUGUCCAACCUAGCCGGGACCCCCUCCUCCAACCCAGGUGUUCCGGCUCCCAGACCCCAAUUGAGCUGGGGGCGCCCACCCGCCGAGGGACCCCGCCCUGCAUCCCCCAUUCAUCCGCGUCCAGCCGCGGGAGUUUCUCAAUGGGAAGAGGGCGGAGCUCCCGGGAGGCGGACCAGGGCGGGGCGAGCUGGAUCAGGCCCUCUUGGGGUCUCCCAGAGACCCAGGGCGCGGAACUGACAGGCAUUUCAGAGCGUCAGAGGCUGCGGAUGAGCUCACUUGGAGGACUCCAGGCCAGAGACAGGGGUUCUCUAGGCUGGGGCGAAGAGUCGAGCGCGAAGGGGGCUCUGGGCCAGGGUGACAGGAGGAGUGCUUCCGAGGAAGAAGUUGACGGGGAGGCCCGUGCGACGGCAAAUCUCGUGAACCUUGGGGGACACACGCUCAGGAUGCGGGUCCCCGCCCUCCUCGUUCUGCUCUUCUGCUUCAGAGGGAGCGCAGGCCCGUCGCCCCAUUUCCUGCAACAGCCAGAGGACCUGGUGGUGCUGCUGGGGGAGGAAGCCCGGCUGCGGUGUGCUCUGGGCGCCUACUGGGGGCUAGUUCAGUGGACUAAGAGUGGGCUGGCCCUAGGGGGCCAAAGGGACCUGCCAGGGUGGUCCCGGUACUGGAUAUCAGGGAAUGCAGCCAAUGGCCAGCAUGACCUCCACAUUAGGCCUGUGGAGCUAGAGGAUGAAGCAUCAUAUGAAUGUCAGGCUACACAAGCAGGCCUCCGCUCGAGACCAGCCCAACUGCACGUGCUGGUCCCCCCAGAAGUCCCCCAGGUGCUGGGCGGCCCCUCUGUGUCUCUCAUUGCUGGAGUUCCUGUGAACCUGACAUGUCGGAGCCGUGGGGAUGCCCGCCCUACCCCUGAAUUGCUGUGGUUCCGAGAUGGGGUCCGGUUGGAUGGAACCACCUUCCAUCAGAUCCUGCUGAAGGAAGGGACCCCUGGAUCAGUGGAGAGCACCUUAACCCUGACCCCUUCCAGCCAUGACGAUGGAGCCACCUUGGUCUGCAGGGCCCGGAGUCAGGCCCUGCCUGCGGGAAGGGACACAACUGUCACACUGAGCCUGCAGUACCCCCCAGAGGUGACUCUGUCUGCUUCACCACACACUGUGCAGGAGGGAGAGAAGGUCACUGUCCUGUGCCAGGCCACAGCCCAGCCUCCUGUCACAGGCUACAGGUGGGCAAAAGGGGGCUCCCCGGUGCUCGGGGCCCGAGGGUCAAGGUUGGAGGUCGUGGCAGACGCCUCGUUCCUGACUGAGCCCGUGUCCUGCGAGGUCAGCAACGCCGUGGGUAGCGCCAACCGCAGCACUGCGCUGGAUGUGCUGUUCGGGCCGAUUCUGCAGGCAAAGCCGGAGCCCGUGUCCGUGGACGUGGGGGAAGACGCCUCCUUCAGCUGUGCCUGGCGCGGGAAUCCGCUUCCACGCGUAACCUGGACCCGCCGCGGUGGCGCGCAGGUGCUGGGCUCUGGAGCCACACUGCGCCUUCCGUCGGUGGGGCCGGAGGACGCAGGCGACUAUGUGUGCAGGGCUGAGCCUGGGCUCUCGGGCCAGGGGGGCGGCGCUGCGGAGGCUCGGCUGACUGUGAACGCUCCCCCAGUAGUGACCGCCCUGCACUCUGAGCCUGCCUUCCUGAGGGGCCCUGCUCGCCUCCAGUGUCUGGUUUUCGCCUCUCCCGCCCCAGAUGCCGUGGUCUGGUCUUGGGAUGAGGGCUUUCUGGAGGCAGGGUCGCGGGGCCGGUUCCUGGUGGAGACAUUCCCUGCCCCGGAGAGCCGCGGGGGACAGGGUCCGGGCAUGAUCUCUGUGCUACACAUUUCGGGGACUCAGGAAUCUGACUUUAGCAGGAGCUUUAACUGCAGUGCCCGGAACCGGCUGGGUGAGGGAGGUGCCCGGGCCAGCCUGGGCCGUAGAGCCUCAGCCUCUUUCUCCGAGCAAAAGAACCUGAUGCGAAUCCCCGGCAGCAGCGACGGCUGCAGUUCGCGAGGCCCUGAAGAAGAGGAGACAGGCAGCCGCGAGGAACGGGGCCCCAUUGUGCACACUGACCACAGUGAUCUGGUUCUGGAGGAGGAAGGGACUCUGGAGACCAAGGACCCAACCAACGGUUACUACAAGGUCCGAGGAGUCAGUGUGAGCCUGAGCCUUGGCGAAGCCCCUGGAGGAGGCCUCUUCCUGCCACCACCCUCCCCCAUUGGGCCCCCAGGGACCCCCACCUUCUAUGACUUCAACCCACACCUGGGCAUGGUACCCCCCUGCAGACUUUACAGAACCCGGGCAGGCUACCUCACCACAACCCACCCUCGAGCUUUCACCAGCUACAUUAAACCCACAUCCUUUGGGCCCCCAGAUCUGGCCCCCGGGACUCCUCCUUUCCCAUAUGCUGUCUUCCCCACACCUAGCCACCCGCGUCUCCAGACUCAUGUGUGACAUCUCUCCAAUGGAAGAGUCCUGGGAUCUCCAACUUUCCAUAAUGGAUUGUCCUGAUUUCUGAGGAGCCAGGACAAGUUGGCGACCUUACUCCUCCAAAAUUGAACACUAGGGGAGGGAAAGAUCAUUACAUUUGUCAGGAGUAUUUGUAUACAGUCAGCUCAGUCAAAGGGGA